GUGCAGAGAAGUAAAGCCACUGGGUAAGAGAAGGGAACAGGCGCUCAAAAAUGAACCAAUCACGAGACAGCGAUUUAGUUGAAGGCGGGAUCACGUGACAAGGAAGAGGAAGAAAAUUUGAUGGUGACGAAGAAGUGAAGACGGCAUAUAUCACACCCAUUUCUUUUCCGUUUUGGUGUCCAUGUUUUUCUACACACAUUUGAUGUUUCAUUCUGAAGAAGCCAGCUUCUUGUGAUCUCAUUUCAUGGAAUGGCAAGACGUUUUCUAGUCCAAACCAUUACGGUAGUUUCUCUUUCUGUAACUCUUUCGGUUGUUACUAAAAAGUCCUGCUACAAUUUCUCUCCAGUAUUCCAGACAACAAGGAAUCUUGCUUGCAGCCCAUCUUCACAUCACUGGUUCCACAGAGGCACAACUACAAUGUCAGACUGUAAGGGGCCAAAAGAAAAUUUGCAUAGGAAAGCCAGAGCAUCCCCAUAUCCAGGAUCAAAAGUUGAACGCACACAAGUACCUGAUGAUAAAGUGAACUGGAUGAUCAUCUGGAAGGACUACAGUCCUGUGGACUAUACGGCACCAAGUGUUUUGUCAGGACCUAAGUGGGCAGACCCAGAGAUUGGAGCCAAAAACUUUUUCCCAAAGUUCAAUGAGAAGGAUGGGCAAGUGGAAAGGAGCAGCCACAGUGGCUUAUAUAACGUGGAAAACGGGAGGCCCAGGAAUCCUGUAGGCAGGACAGGAUUAGUGGGACGAGGUCUGCUGGGGCGCUGGGGACCCAAUCAUGCUGCUGAUCCUCUAAUAACAAGAUGGAAGAGAGAUGGCAGUGGCAAUAAAACAGCUCAUCCGGUAUCUGGUAAAAACAUCUUACAGUUUAUUGCAAUCAAAAGAAAGGACUGUGGAGAAUGGGCCAUUCCUGGGGGAAUGGUAGACCCAGGGGAGAAAUUAUCUGCUGCUCUAAAGCGAGAAUUUAGUGAAGAGGCCUUGAACUCCUUACAGAAAACUAAGGCUGAGAAAGAAGAGAUGGAGAAACACCUGAAUAGACUCUUCAGUCAGGAUCACUUUGUGGCUUAUAAGGGAUAUGUGGAUGAUCCUCGCAAUACUGACAAUGCUUGGAUGGAAACAGAAGCGGUAAACUAUCAUGAUGAAUCUGGUGAAGCCAUGAAGAAUUUACACCUGGAAGCAGGAGACGAUGCUGGGAAAGUGAAAUGGGUGGAUAUUAGCGAAAAACUUACACUGUAUGCCAGCCACUCUGAUUUUGUCCGACUUGUAGCAGAGAAAAGGGGAGCUCACUGGAAGGAAGACUAACUUUUGUUGCUGUGAUGUUGUUGAAGACUAACUUUUGUUGCCGUAACAUCAAACCAUAAAUUAAAUUCUAUCAUUUCAGAUGGUAAGGUAGUAAGAGAAUGGGAAGAAAAUGCUUUUUAGGACAUUGUUGGUGCAUGAUUUAAAGAUGCAAGAUUUCACACAUUUUCUGACAUUCUUGGGAUGAAAUUAUUGGAACGUAAACAUGUUUGGUGUUGGUUACAUUAUGGCUUUUUUAAUUACGUAAUUCUACUAAAGUAUUGGGUGCAUCUGUUGUGUACCUGUUUUGUACAGAAAAUAAAUGAGUCAGUUUGAUUUUCUUGUGAUCCACCAGUAAUAUUGUUGGAAGAUCUUUACAGCUGCCAAAAAUCUCUGUAGUCGUCAGCUCAUUGAACAGCUUAAAUGUGUGCCUUUUGAGAAUAAAAACAUCUCU